AACUGUUGUAAAUCUCAAUGGGUGAUAGCGUUUCUGGCACUCCCUUUUCCUUGAUUAUUGAUGAAAAAGUUUAUCAGUGCACCGAAGGACACUAUAAUAUGAAUUUCCAAUAGAAGUAUUCAGUUUCCUGAUUACCAUGUACUAUUAAUUUACUGUGUUAAAAUCUAGUACGAGAACUGCCGCAGUAAAUAAGAAGCAUGUCAACCAUGUCGAGAUCAGUUCACAUCAGUCAGCAGAAACUGGCUGAGAAGCUUAUCAUACUCAAUGACAGAGGUAUUGGAAUGCUGACCAGAAUCUACAACAUCAAAAAAGCAUGUGGAGAUGCUAAAUCUAAACCAGGUUUCCUGUCUGACAAAGCUUUAGAAUCCUCUAUCAAAAACAUUGUUAGAAGAUUUCCUAACAUCGAUGUAAAAGGCCUUCAGGCUAUCACCAACAUCAGAAAUGAAAUUAUAAAAUCUCUCUCACUGUACUACUACACAUUUGUAGAUCUAUUGGAUUUCAAAGAUAAUGUUUGCGAACUUCUUAAUAUUUUGGACGCAUGUCAGGUCACAUUAGACUUGACUUUAAACUUUGAAUUGACUAAGAAUUAUCUUGAUUUGAUCACCACAUAUAUCUCAUUGAUGAUUUUACUGUCACGUGUAGAAGAUCGUAAAGCAGUGUUGGGUUUAUUUAAUGCUGCACAUGAAAUGGUACACAACCAAAUUGACCAAAGUUUCCCUCGGCUGGGUCAAAUGAUUUUAGAUUAUGAUGUUCCUCUGAAAAAGCUGUCUGAGGAAUUCUUACCACAUCAGAAAGUGUUGUCUAGUGCACUUAAUUCACUCUGGCAAGUGUAUCCUGCCAGGAAUCUAACAGCUGAACACUGGAGGUCUGAACAAAAGUUGAGCUUGGUGAGCAACCCAGCUCAACUGCUGAAGCCUUCAGAGACCAACACCAUGUCAUGUGAAUAUGUGUCUUUGGAGAGUCUGGAGAGAUGGGUCAUAUUUGGGAUGGCUAUUUGCCACCAAAUGCUGCAACAAGAUCAUGCAAACAAGAUGUGGGUCAGUGCCUUAGAGUCUGGUUGGGUAGUAGCACUAUUCCGUGAUGAAGUCAUCUAUAUUCACAGCUACAUCCAGAGCUUCUUUGAUGGCAUAAAAGGAUAUGGUAAAAGAAUAUCUGAAGUAAAGGAUUGUUAUCAUCAUGCAGUCCAAAAGGCUGGCUACAAGCACAGAGAGAGGAGGAAGUUCUUGAGAACAGCACUGAAGGAACUAGGUCUCAUAUUGACUGACCAACCAGGUUUAUUGGGACCUAAAGCACUGUUAAUUUUCAUUGGGCUUUGCUAUGCAAGAGAUGAAGUGUUUUGGUUAUUGCGACACAACGAAAAUCCUCCACAAAAGGUUAAAGGAAAAGCAGCAGAGGAUUUAGUGGACCGCCAGUUGCCUGAACUACUGUUCCACAUGGAGGAACUAAGGGCUUUGGUCAGAAAGUACAGCCAAGUUAUGCAGAGAUAUUAUGUACAAUAUCUGUCAGGAUUUGAUGCUAUUGCUCUCAACUUGAUGAUACAGAACUUGCAAGUCAAUCCUGAUGACGAGAAUAUAAUACUUUCCUCUCUGUGCAGCACUGCUGCCAACCUCAGUGUUAAACAAGUUGAAGACAAUGAGCUGUUUGACUUCAGAGCAUUUCGCCUUGAUUGGUUCAGGCUGCAGACAUAUACCUCUGUUGCCAAAUCUGCAUUCAAUCUCGUUGAUCAGAGGGAACUUGCACAGUUUAUUGAUAAAAUGGUCUUCCAUACAAAAAUGGUUGACAAUCUUGAUGAAAUUAUGGUGGAAACAUCUGAUUUGUCACUCUUUUGUUUUUACAGCAAAAUCUUUGAAAGUCAGUUUCACAUGUGCCUAGAGUUCCCUGCACAAAAUCGUUACAUCAUUGCAUUCCCUCUGAUUUGCAGCCACUUCCAAAACUGUACUCAUGAGUUAUGUCCAGAAGAAAGGCAUCAUAUCAGAGAGAGAAGUCUUUCCGUUGUUAAUAUAUUCUUGGAUGAGAUGGCAAAAGAGGCUAAAAAUAUAAUCACAACAAUAUGUGAUGAACAGUGUACAAUGAGUGACAAAUUACUUCCGAAACAUUGUGCGCAAACUAUAGCACAGUUGGCGAACAGGAAGAAGAAGGAUAAGAACAAGAAGAACACAAUACCUAUUGUGCAGCCAGGAGCAGAGAGCUACAGGAAGACCAGGGAAGAUCUCACCACAAUGGACAAACUCCAUAUGGCUUUAACAGAGCUUUGCUAUGCCAUCAACUAUUGUGCCACUGUCAAUGUUUGGGAGUAUACCUUCGCGCCUCGAGAAUAUUUACACCAGCACUUGGAAACCAGAUUCUCUAAAGCAUUGGUUGGCAUGGUUAUGUUCAAUCAGGAUACAAGUGAAAUAGCAAAGCCCUCUGAGUUGCUAGUCAGUGUUCGCGCCUAUAUGAAUGUUCUACAAACUGUUGAAAAUUAUGUACACAUUGACAUUACCAGAGUCUUCAAUAAUUGCCUUUUGCAACAAACGCAAAACACCGACAGCCAUGGUGAAAAAACAAUAGCGUCUCUUUACACACAGUGGUAUUCCGAAAUUUUACUCAGGCGAGUAAGUGCUGGGAGUAUUUGCUUUUCUAUGAAUCAAAAGGCAUUUGUAAGUUUGACGGCAGAAGGUGCCAUCCCAUUUAAUGCCGAAGAAUACUCAGACAUAAACGAGCUCCGAGCUUUAGCGGAACUUAUUGGGCCGUAUGGCAUGAAGCUACUUAGUGAAACACUAAUGUGGCAUAUUGCAAGUCAAGUCCAAGAACUUAAAAAGCUAGUAGUACAAAACAAGGAAGUUCUUCAGAUGCUCCGAACAAACUUUGAUAAACCUGAAAUAAUGAGAGAACAGUUUAAACGGCUGCAACAUGUGGACAAUGUAUUACAAAGGAUGACAAUAAUCGGGGUAAUUUUGAGCUUCAGACAGAUCGCCCAGGAGUCUCUUUUGGACGUUUUGGAGCGUCGCAUUCCUUUCUUGAUUAGCUCAAUUAAGGAUUUCCAACAGCAAUUGCCCAGUGGUGAUCCGAUGCGUGUCAUAUCAGAAAUGUGUUCGGCGGCUGGGUUGGCCUGCAAGGUCGAUCCCACGUUGGCAUCAGCUCUGCGCCAAAAUAAAACUGACGCUGAAGAGGAAGAGCAUCUCAUUGUAUGCCUGUUGAUGGUAUUCGUAGCCGUAUCCUUGCCAAGACUCGCCCGCAGUGAAGGCUCGUUUUACAGGCCUUCUUUGGAAGGUCACGCAAAUAACAUUCAUUGCAUGGCCCCUGCAAUUAAUCACAUAUUCGGAGCGCUGUUCACAAUCUGUGGUCAGGGGGAUAUAGAAGAUCGUAUGAAGGAGUUUUUGGCUUUGGCGUCUUCAUCUCUGCUUCGACUUGGCCAGGAGACUGACAAGGAAGCUAUAAAGAACAGAGAGUCAGUUUACCUGCUGCUCGACCUGAUCGUUCAGGAGUCUCCAUUCCUUACGAUGGACUUGUUAGAAUCUUGUUUCCCAUAUGUUCUAAUACGUAAUGCUUAUCAUGAAGUAUACAAACAGGAGCAAAUGGCAUUGCAUUUAUAAUGAUUUUGUUAACAUGACGAAAGACAGAUCGCGUUUGAAAAGUUAGCAGUACGUUUGAAUAAUGAUAUGUCAUUCUAUAGACAAAUUCCAAUAUUACGAGUAUUAUUAAAAUACUAUUUAAUGUUCAUUAUAAAGAUGGUCAGACAUUUCGUAUAAA